AUGAAUGACGACAUUGAAGAGAAUCCACUUUUGAGUGAAGUACCAUCCCUUGACCAGAAUCGGGCCAAUGAACAGCUACCGAAUGCAGUCUUUGAAAGCAAUGUGUAUCAUGAUCCAGAGAAGAACAUCCAGCUUGAUCAACACUCCAACCAGCAAGAAAACGACAGAGAACUGGAGAAGGAUGAUGAUCUUAUAAAUUGCAUUAACGAUCAGUUCUUCUUGAAGGAGCUAGCAGCAGCUCUCUAUCGAUUUCUGCGUAGCCGCCGUGCUGUCACCGUAAGAAAGAUCCAUCGAGCUGCCAACCACCCUUAUCUCAAUGUUUACGAUCUGACGUCGAUUAAUGGCUACGCAUACUGGCUCGGCCUUGGGGUCUACCAUUCCGGCGUGCAAGUUCAUGAUGUUGAAUAUGCAUUUGGAGCACAUGAUCAUGGAACUUCAGGGGUUUUUGAAGUGGAACCUAAGUGUUGUCCUGGUUUCACAUUCAGGAAAUCGAUAUUGAUAGGAAGAACUGAUCUAGGUCCCAAGGAGGUCCAUGCCUUUAUGGAGAAAUUAGCUAAAGGGUACUGUGGAAACACUUACUAUCUUAUCACGAAAAACUGCAACCAUUUCUACAAUGACGUGUGUACCAAAUUGAUAAGAAAACCCAUUCCUAGGUGGCAAAACACCACAUUUUUCGCCAGAAUUGACGCCAUUGCUCAAACUCCACCUUUCUGCAACUGCCGUUAGUGCUGCAACUGCCAAGGUGGCAAAGUCAUUGAUGCAACAAUUGGAAUAGACCCUUUGAAGUAUUACUGCUGCUUGCAUAACAAAAGACCUUCAAAUUCAUAAACACAGCUUUCUUCCUUUUGAACGUGAACAU